AUGGCUCGCCUUACAAGCCUGUUGACGGCUGUUGCCGCCGCGGUUGUCGGUACUGCACAAGCAAUCCUUCCCACGGAUUGGACACCCAUCUGCAAAGAGAUCGAGUCCAAGAUCUCGAAUACCAGCGAUGUCAUCUAUCCGCUCCAGGCCGUCUCCUUCACUUUGGCUAUUGCCCACUGGUUCUGGUCGUCCGACGAACAGCCAUCGUGUGUCUUUGCACCUGGGUCUGCGGAGGAUGUGUCGGUUGCGCUGCAGAUUAUUGGCGCGACCAAGACCCCCUUUGCCGUUCAGUCUGGUGGUCACUCUUCAAACCCAGGUUUCUCCAGCACUAAGGGUGUACAUAUCUCGCUCAAGAGACUGAACCAAGUGAAGCUGUCUGCGGACAAGAGUGUCGCCGAGAUUGGCUUCGGUAACAUCUGGACCGACGUGUACAAGGUCCUGGACGGCACCGGCAGGAAUGUUGUUGGAGGAAGAGUGCCCGGCCCGGGCGUCGGUGGCCUCACCCUCGGUGGUGGGUACUCCUGGAAGACGAACCAGUAUGGUAUGACCUGUGACACGGUCAAGAGCUAUGAGCUUGUCCUUCCCAACGGAACCAUCACCAGAGUGUCCAAGACCGAGAACCCCGACCUCUACUUUGCCCUCAAGGGCGGUCUCAACCGCUUUGGCAUCGUCACCUCGGCAGAGUUUUACACCCAUGAGCAGCCUGAGAAGGUGUACGGCGGUCUCGGCAUCUAUCCCACCACUGCUGUCGACCAGAUUCUCAAUGCCACUUCUCAGUUCUCGUACCUGAACAAGGAUCCCCGGACCCAGAUCAUCACCACCCUUGACGGCGGUCCUCUGGGUACCACUGCCGAGGUCCUGUUCUUCCACGAUGGGCCUGAUAAGCCGGCCUCGUUUGAGCUGUUUGACAAUAUCACGCCGCUCGUCAAGACCGUCCAAUCUCAAAGCUUUGUUAGCUUUGUGCAGAGCAUUCCUGCGCAGGUUCCCGAGUUGACCAACAUCCGCGGCGCUUUCAUCACCGUUGCGACUUCCGAGCUCUCGCAGACUUUCCUGGAAGCCGUCAGGCAGGAGACUGAUGACAUGGGCAAGAUCAUGAGUCUCCACGGCGGCAUCACCGUCAGCUACGACCUUGAGCCCUUUACCAAGUACGGCGAGCACGCCACCGAGAGUGCUUUUCCGCACACCGAGUCUCCCCUCCCGCUCUUCAUCUACUUUGCCUGGUCCCUUCCCGAGAACGACGACUUCUGGUACGCCCGCAUGAAACAGACUGUUGAGGCGCUCAAGAAGGUGGCUAUCGACGACGGCAUCUACAGUGAUGCCUUUACCUAUUACCCCAACUAUUCGCUCUUUGACGCCACUGCGGAGCAACUGUACGGUAACGAGAACGCGGCGCGGUUGGCGAGGAUCAGGGACCAGGUUGAUCCGGAUCGGAUCAUGGAGCUGGCUGGUGGAUUCACGAUUUGA